AUGCCGGUAACUCAUAUAAGCUUUUCAGAAUAUUUGACUGCACACAUGAUCCCAGAAUGGAAGAAGCAGUAUAUUUGUUAUGAGGACCUGAAUUCCAUUCUUACCAGGGAACACAGACAACACAUCCUAUUUGAUAAACAUAGACAUCAUUUUCCAGUGUGUGAGGAGUUCCUCACAAAAUGUGACUCAGAGCUGAAGAAAGUGGACCUCUUCUAUUUAGAAAAGCUAUCUAAGGCGAAAUGGAAGCUGUCCACGUUUGGGAUUGUUUCUCUUGAUGGUUCGGGAGCAGGUGUGGAUGAAAGUGGACAUGUCCCAGUCUCCCCUGAGUCCUACACACAACUGCAGGGGAAGAAGACUGAAAUAUAUAAACUUAAAAUGGCUGUUGGGGAUUUAUACCUGAGUCUGGCCCUUCUCCAGAGUUACCAGGAACUGAACUACCAAGGUUUUUAUAAGAUCACAAAAAAGCAUGAUGCAAAGAUUUCAUCUGAACGUGGACUACAGUGGCGAACUGAAAGACUAUACACAUCUGUACUACACACUGAGAGGAGCAGCUGUGAAGAAAUGAUGUUAAGACUGGAGAAUCUUAUGCUUCAUCUUGAGGGUGGUGAUGAAGAAAAAGCUCUAAGAAGGCUUGAACUCCCACCGAAGGUAACAGAACAAACAGCUGGACAGUGGAUAACAUUUCGGAUUGGCGUCACCUGUGGGAUCAUUAUUGCGCUGAUAGCAUUUAUUGUUUUUAAAGCAUCCAGCGAAUCACAUCCAGAGCAUUUGAAACCACUGCUACAACUCUACAGAGGGAGUUUUUUGCUCAUUGAGUUCCUGUCACUGAUGAGCUUAACCAUUUACUGCUGGAGACGAUCUGGAAUCAAUCACAUUCUCAUUUUUGAGCUGGAUCCUAGACAUCACUUUUCACAUCAUUACAUUUUAGAGGUGGCAGGAUACUUGGCUGUAUGUUGCUGUAUUAGUGUGUUGGCCUGGCUACAUCCUUCACUCAUGUCAAUCCCCCAACAGCUCCACCCCCUUUUAUUCCACAGUUUUCUCCUGCUCAUGCUAUUAAACCCUACAUCUACUUGUCACUCUUGGUCUCGGCGCUGGUUCCUAACUGUCAUGUGGAAGGUCCUGACAGCACCUCUUUGGCCUGUUGGGUUUGCAGAUUGCUGGCUGGCUGACCAGCUCAACAGUCUGAGUCCUCUUAUCUUGAGCCUGUGGGACCUGCUGUGCUUUUACACCUUUCAGAUAAACUGGGCAGAUCUGCAAGAUGGCAGGUCUCUGGUUAGAGAGAGUGUGGACUCAGAAAGGCACAGCAAAGUAGUCAUAUGUCUGAUUCAGUGCUUUCCUCCAUGGCUGAGGUUUGCUCAGUGUCUUAGGCACUUUUGGGACAGUGGAAACACAGUGCAUCUCCUUAAUGCUGGCAAAUACUCCACUGUUUUUCUCAUGGUCACUUUUGCAGGUCUCUAUAACACAGCAAGAGAAAAGUCGGAUCCAGCCAUGGAGGAGAGUAUGCAUGUGUAUCUGUACCUGUGGGCCAUGUCUACCUGCAUAAGUGUAAUAGUGACUGUGAGCUGGGACCUAAGGAUGGACUGGGGACUGCUGCAAGGAAAUGGACUUCUGAAAAAGGAGCUACUUUACUCCCAAGAGGUAUAUUACUAUGCAGCCAUGUUAGCAGAUGUGCUACUGCGGAUCUCUUGGGCUAUUAAUAUCCUCUUGGCUCAGAUGAAAGAUUCAGCUGCUGCUGUUACUGCUAGUGCCAUACUGGCUCCACUGGAGGUCCUCAGGCGUUCAAUCUGGAAUUUCUUUCGGUUGGAAAAUGAGCACCUGAAAAACUGCAGGCAGUGUCGCGCCAUUCCUGAUUUUGAUUUGCCCGCUUGUCCAAUAAACCUGCCUCAGCAGAUCCUCAUUGAGAAGCUGAUGGAUCCAAAUGAGCAAAUUAUUAGCCAACAGCAAACCAGUACAUCACUCCGUACACCCACUUGUUUACUAUUUAAUUGUCUAAGAUCGAGAGUUAAGGAGACAAACUUACCAGUAGGGAGCCCAGAGAUGGAGUCAACAUAA